AUGCAAAUCGCCAACCUCCUCACCAUCCUGUCCGUCGUGGCAGCCACUGUUGCCAGUCCCGUCCCCGACGCACCCAAGCACGAUGUUACCGAAGACGGGUUCGACUUUGAACAGGUCUCUGAGAACACGGGUCAUCUGAUGAAGCGUCAGAACCGAUACUGCUACCAGAGUGGCGUCUACUUUGGCGACAACACCGACUGGGCUAUCGACCGCCCUGGUCGCUGGUGCACUGGUGGCGGAGGAGCCGGACGCUACCGCCAGGGACAGAUCAAGAAGGGCUGCUAUAACUAUUAUCAGUCUAACAAAAACUAUCACUUUCUUUUCGAGAUGCAGAAUCACCAGCCCCACGAUUAUACCCUGUCGUCCAAGGAAUGCCAGAUCUGGCUGCAGCAUAUGAUUGAGAAUUGCCGACAGGGAGGCACGAACCAUAACAGCAGAUUCAGGUGGCGUGUGGACCCCGAAGACGGAUGA